UUCAAUUUUAAUUUUUAAAUUUCAUUUCUUCAGAAUCUGUUCAGAAAAGGUGGAUAAAUAUAUUAGAAUCCAGAAUCAGAAAUCAGGAAUCUUCAGUUGUCUGUUCUGUUCUGUCUGUCUCGUUUCUCGUCUAUUUUUAUUUUUUUAUUUUAAUAUGAGUUCACCACAAAAAAGGUAUUUACCUAAUUAUAUAAUAUUUCAGUGGGGUUAGAAGAAUUUUAUAUUUUUAUGAAUCAUAAGUAUACCAACAACUAUAAAUAAAGUCUGCUCAAAAAAAGGAUUUGCCCCUCUUUUUGUUGGAAAUAUUUAAAUAAAACAAUUAUCUUUUCUUUUCAUUACAAUAAUUAUUGUUAUGAUAAACAGGGUGUCUCAAAAGUCGAAUUUCCAACAAACAAAUAAGUAGUUCUCGAAAUAGUUAUUUUCAUUGAAGUACAAGCUGAAUCGGUUGACUUUAUGAAAACUUUUAUCAAUUUUGAUAUCUAACAUUUUGAAACUUGAGACUAGAGUCAUGGAGAUAUGAUAGGAAAAUUCAAUACUGUGGAAAACAGAAAACCAACAAUUUUUUCCAAGGUCAUAUUUUCACAUUCCCGUAAGUCAUGAGCUGUCCUAUCAGUCCUGAAAAGGUUAACAUUGACUUUUGGGACAUUCUAUGCUAAUAUAAUAAUGUGUUGAGCUUUGUUUUCCUGGAAUAUCCUGCAACAAUUCUACAAGGAUAUAAAUUCAAAAAGAAAGGAUUUUCUAGAGUGGCAAGAAUAUUUUAUGGCCACAGCAUUUCUAGCUGCAAAGAGAAGCAAAGAUCCCUGUUCACAAGUUGGAGCUUGUAUAGUGAAUGAAAAUAAUGUCAUAGUUGGAACUGGCUACAAUGGAAUGCCAAAAGGUUGUGAUGAUGAUGAAUUUCCUUGGGCCAAAAAAUCUAAAAAUGCCCUAGAGAACAAAUAUCUUUAUGUAUGUCAUGCAGAAGUAAAUGCCAUUCUCAACAAGAACUCUGCUGAUGUCAAGAACUGUACUUUAUUUGUGGCAUUGUUCCCUUGUAAUGAAUGUGCCAAAGUUAUCAUUCAGUCUGGUAUCAAAGAAGUGGUAUACAUAUCUGAUAAACAUGCUCAUAAGACUCAUACAAUAGCUUCAAAAAGGAUGUUAAAUGCUGCAGGAAUAUCUUAUAGACAGUUCAUUCCACGGCAGAAACAGAUUGUGAUAGACUUCAGUGAAAUCAAUUGGAAUGAAAUGAAUCAACUGCCUUCAACACCUGUCAAGGAUAUAAAUGCUCACACCCAGAAGGAAAAACUCAAAGAGGAAGAUCAGGGCAAAUGAAUGAAUGAUGGCGGACAUUUGAGGAGAUUUUUUGAUUCAUUAAAUAAAUUAAUGCAGAUGGUUUCACAUCACAUUAAAGCAUAUCAGAACUAUACAAAUAUAACUAUGAUUCUACAUAUACAGGGUGUUUCGAAAUUCGACCGACAACGCUUGACAGGUGAUAGCCCUCGUGAUUUCAUAAUCACUGAGAUAGGGACAGACGGUCUUGAAGUGUUCAGUUCUCGAGAUACAGGGCGUUGAAGUUAAGAAAUUUAAAUAGUUUUUUCGCAAUAUCUCAAGAAUAAUUUAAUAUAAUGCAUUCAAAUUCGGUAUAUGGUUUCAUCUUUCACUGAUUAAUUUCUUGACCAGAAAGACAUUCCGAGAAUUUUAUCCAGAGAUGCGCUACAGAGGGUUGUGAUA